GCAAAUGUCUCACUCAACAACAGAAGCGUUUGGCUCUGUUGUGGGACUCCCUGUGUUAGUGCAGGCUAAUAUACUGUAGUGUCAUGUUAGUGUCAUUCAAGUAUUCCAGUAACGGGCUUUCAUUUCUUUGCAGUCUUAUCUGCAGAUUUUAAUUUUGGUUCUUCAAGUUAACAAGUUCGUCGACUUUUCUAGGUUAAAGAAGAUGCCUCAAUCCAUGCCAGAAUAUGCCUUAACUCGGAAUUAUUUGGAAUUGAUGGUGGAAUUACCCUGGAGCAAAAAUACCAAAGAUUGCCUGGAUAUCCGUGCAGCCAGGGUGCUUCUGGACAACGAUCAUUAUGCCAUGGAGAAGCUGAAGAAGAGAGUGUUGGAGUACUUGGCAGUCAGGCAGCUGAAGAACAAUUUAAAGGGCCCCAUCCUGUGCUUCGUGGGACCCCCCGGAGUCGGGAAAACCAGCGUGGGGCGAUCGGUGGCCAAGACUUUGGGCCGAGAGUUCCACCGCAUCGCACUGGGGGGAGUGUGUGACCAGUCUGACAUCCGAGGUCACAGGUAUUUUAAGUCUUUGUUGUUGUUGUUGUUGUUGUUAUUGUUGUGAUGUAGAGGCUGUGGAAAAAAAAACACAUUCAUCCUGUUUCCUCACUUCUAUCCCACUGAU